AUGAGGGGAAACUAUUCUUCGAAGCAAAUCAGUACUAAAAACGGUGGGGUGGAAUUAGAAAAACUUGAAAACCUGAAAGAAAAUAAAAAAACCCACCUCUCUGGUUCUUACGUUCGUACCCUUGUUAAAGAAUUAACCUCUUCAAGAACCAAAGAAAAUAAGAGUUCAGGUGUAGAAGUCAGUUCCUUUAGCAACCAAAAUUCGGCCAAAAAUGGUGAAGGAUUCGAUGAAAAGCCUAGAAAACAAGUGAGGAGAAGACUCCGCACUAGGCCUUAUCAGGAGAGGCUUCUGAAUAUGGCUGAAGCAAGAAGAGAAAUUGCCACUGCUCUUAAGAGAAACCAAAGAAUUUAUGCUACAAAUUCUACUUCAAAUUUCUCCUACUGUUCUUCAGGGCCUGAUUAUUCUUGGCCUGUUUCUCCAGUUCCACCACCACCACCAACAACUUUCCAAGAAAAUAUCAAUAUUUCACUGCCUAAUCAAACCUUGGGACUGAACCUUAAUUUUCAAGAUUUCAACAACUUGGACGCCACCCCUUAUUACAUUACCACCACCCCUCCAUCACUUUUUUCAUCCUCUUCUGCAUCUGCAUCUUCUUCUUCUUCACCUCCACUCUCGGCCGCCGCCGCCACAACCUUUGAAACUCCACGCAUGGCGCCGAUGGUGGCGGAAUCCGGCGUACCGGAAAUGGAAUUGGACUUGCAUCCAGCAAUGGAUGAUAAGGAGAUGGCUGAGAUCAGAUCAAUUGGAGAGAAACAUCAAAUGGUAUGGAAUGACACCAUGAAUUUGGUUACCUCUGCUUGGUGGUUCAAAUUCUUGAAAGCUAUGGAAAUUUCUCCUGAACAUAAAACAGACGAUUAUGGAUUAGUGUCUCCAUUUGGUGAAGUAAUGGAAUUUCCAGAUUGCUUGAAUGAUUCUUGUUCUUACGAUUACUUGCAGGAUUCUGAUUUGCCAUGGUAA